AUGAGUGGACUGGGAUGGGCCAUAAUUUAUCAACUUCAAGCACUCCGUCAACAGCGUUUGGCGGGCACUUUACUGACAACCGACCCCCUAGAACACAUCAACACAGGAACCAACCUCAAAAUGGCCGAAAAGAUCACCGAGGAGCAGGUUGCGAACCUCCAAGAAAUACUACGAACCGAUGCUUCCAUUGACGCCAAAGUUCUUCAAAUCAACAAUGUCAAAUCUAGCAUUAAGCAACACAAUGUGCCAGAGCUAUGCAUACUACCAGUCUUCGAAGCUACACGGACGGUGAUGAAAUCGCAACAUGCUGCGAUUGCCAGUGCUGGGCUCUCCACCUUAAACCACCUCCUAACCCGAUUAUCUCGCCAAGAACCAAAAUAUCUUGCGAAGGAGGCCGGUCGAACCUUACCCCUAGUGGUUGAAAAGAUGGGUGACCAGAAGGAAAAAUACAGGGCAAUUGCAACGGGAUGUCUAACUACGUUCUGGAAGGAGGCACCUGUGGACGUGGAGAGGAUCAUCAAGAAUGUUGGGCUUGUGGGCAAGAACCCAAGAAUGAAGGAGUCCUCACUGAGCUGGAUUGUUCAGAUGCACCAAGAAAAUGGAAUGCCAUUCAAGGGUUACGUCUCAACACUUAUGGAGCUUCUCGAGGAUGCGGAUGGUAUGGUUAGGGAUGCGACUAGAAACUCAGUGAUCGUUCUUUUCGAAAACGCGCCAAAUGCUGCUAAAUCCGACCUGAAGAAACAACUAAAGAAUUUUAAUGUCCGUCCCACAAUAGUAUCAGCCAUCGUGGCUCAUCUAGCCCCAGGAGGGCCUAUAGAGCCAGCAGAACCCGAAGCCCUUGAGGCUCCUCCACCGCCGGCCUUGGCCAACAGUGUCUCCUCCACCGCUACUCUCAGGCCGUCGACACCAGCGAUAGAAGCGAAAGUGGAACACGUUGAUCCGUCGUAUGUGAAUACUCAGAGGGAGCUAGAUGAUACUUUCAAGCAGAUGCACCAAUACUUUGAGGGGAAAGAAUCGGAGGCAAAUUGGUCCAAGCGAGAAGAAAGCUGCACAAAAAUACGCCGCUUGAAUGCCGGUAACGCGCCUAGCGAUUUUCGGGAAGCUUUCCUUGCUGGUAUCAAGGGCCUGUUGGAUGGCAUUUUGAAAGCGGUAAACUCCUUGCGAACCAGUCUUUCGAAAGAAGGCUGUAGCGUAAUUCAGGAGAUAACCAGGACUGUUGGCCCGGGACUGGAUCCGAUGGUCGAAAUUCUGCUCCAAAAUCUGAUCAAGUUGUGUGGAGGAACGAAGAAGAUCAGCUCUCAACAAGGCAAUGUUACCGUUGAUAUUAUCCUCAGUAAUGUUUCAUACAACGUACGAAUCCUGCAACACAUAUGGCUAGCCUGUCAAGAUAAAAACUUUCAACCACGAGUCUAUGCGAGUGGCUGGCUGAAGACUUUAUUGAGGAAGGAAAUGCAUCACAAGAGCCACCUCGAAAAUGCUGGAGGUCUUGAUUUAAUCGAAAAGUGUAUCAACAAGGGCCUUAGAGAUGCAAAUCCGGGUGUGCGGGAAAACAUGAGAUCGACAUAUUGGGUUUCUGCACUAAUGUGGCCUUCUAGAGCAGAAACUAUCAUGGCAGGCCUAGAGCCAUCUCACCGGAAGCUGUUAGAAAAUGCCCCAGAUAACCCCAAUUCUCCUAAAAAGGUUGAAAAUACGAAUCCCCGACCAGGCCUUGGGUUUUCUAAGAGUACAACUGGGCCGCCCAAGCCGUCUUUAAGGGAAACUAUGCUUGCGCAGAAGAAAGCUGCGAUGGCUAACAGAAAGCUACCCGCGCGGCCCGGCUCUGCAAUGUCAACCUUUUCCCCUGUGCGAACUGUCUCGUCCUCGUCGACAAGCUCGAAUGUUUCGGAUGCAGCGACAUCAAGAGUGAAGAAGCAAGAAUCGAGCAAAGUAUCCCAUGGCGGUCUGUCCGUGGCACCCAUGCGUCCUACGAAGUUACGCCCUGGCGCCCGUCCAGAGCUUAUUGCAAGACCUGCCACCGCUGGACCAUAUUCUGUUAGACGUCCUGCCCAUGCCUCUAGCAAUAGCGACCUCAGCACAAGCCCACCAGCUACCAGGGUAUCAAAAGCAAGAGCACCAAGUGUCAGCAGUAAUAGUCCGCAGAGGCGCCCAAUCCCGAGACCAAAUACAAGUCAAUCUAGUCAUGCCUCUCAUUCCAGCCACGCAAGUCCAGUGAAAAGUACGAUCAACAGAGUUGCUCCGUCACCUCGCACAAGCCCGCCAAAGCCAAAGCCAAAGCUUACAGCCAGCAAAACGAUGGGAUCGAGUCCAUCAAGAGCUGACGAAGAGUUCACCAUGUUGGUCCCUACUCUGGCGGUCCACAAGGAGCCAGUAGCUGCUACUGUAACACAAGUGAUCGAGUCGUCGGGUGAUGAAGAUACAGCGAUCCCGAAGCCACCUUUGCAAGUCUACGAAGAUCCUUUCUCUAGCACAGACGACCAGACGACUCCUCGACCAAUAAUUACAGCGCCGGUGCUGGAGGAGGUUGCAGUCAAUGAAGAUGUUUCGAAUUUGCUUGGGAAUGGAUCGAAUGACAAUGAGUCUCCAAAACCACCACCGAUGUCUCCAGAACGGCUUAAGCAAAGUUCACGGCUACUCGACAGUGGCAUUACCAGAAUUAAAGGAAAGUCGCUUGAUGUCCAUGGUUUCCGUAAGCUUCAGACCAUGAUCAGGGAGGACAAAGCGGCGUGGUUAGAUGAUAAGUUCAAUGUCCUGCUAUCCGGCCUUUUCGAGUACCUCGAAGAUCCCCUAGCGACUCUUGCUCCCGAGAGAGCCCAGGAUGUCAAGGCACAAAUCUUGGCAACGAUAAAACUCAUGUACAAAAAAGAGCGUGGCGCGUUCCGACCUCAUGUUGCCAAGGGCCUGGGCUCUCUCUUCACAACGCGUAGCUGCUAUGACUCUCGCACACACAUCGUCAGCGGUCUUGAGCUUCUUGCAGAUGAGCUCGUCACUCUUGCUGAACCAAAGCAAACCACGAAGAGUAUCAUCGAACGGCUCCAGAAUGAGCAGAUGACCGUGGAAGGCUGCAGGAGCUUAAGCAUGGGCUUGCACGUCCUUAAACAGCUACUUGAUGCCCAGACGGAAUUCAUGCUGAGUGAUGAGGAGGUGGAUAACAUCUGCAAACUCACAACAAGGUGUAUAGACAGCACUGAAAGUGGGGUACGUUUGGAUGCCGUGCAACUCUGUGUCACAGUACAUUCUAGGGUCGGAGAAGACAAAUUCUGGGGCGCCAUGGGCGGUGUUAAGGACGAUCCGAAGAACCUGAUUAUGUAUUACAUUGUCAAGAGACAGAGGGAGGCUGCUAACUAG